GAAGUUGUAAAAGAAAAACUAACGUCAGUCUGGCAUUGAUGCUAUUGUGGCUUUAUUAAAAUUCUACUAAAAAAUAAUUUUAAUUAACAACUUUGAAUAUUAGAAUGAGGAUUUUGAAAAAUAUAUUUCCAAUUCUGAUUUGUUUAACAUUUUCCCCGACUGGGGUUAUCUUAGAUGACGCGGAAAAUGAGUUACAUACAGCUGCAGUAAGACUAAAGAAAACCUAUUCGAAUGUAAUUCAUGCCGGUUGUACCAUAUUUGGUCCAGUUGCCCUAAAUCAGGGCCAAAAUAUACCUCGCCUCGAAAAGGUCUCAUUUCAAUUACGAACGCCAGGCAUGCGUAAAGAUUUCCCCUUGAGCACGGUUAAAAAUCUAAGAGAAUUUCCCCAGUUCGAUGCCAGGAAGAAAACAAUUCUAUUUGUUGUGGGAUGGGUUGUUCCAAUGGAUCGAGAUUUUAUUGAUAGCACGGCAAAAGCUUUCCACUGUCGUGGAGGAAAUAACUUCUUGGUUUUCAAUCCGGGAAGAUACAUUUCCCAACUGUACGUACGCUCGGCUGCCAACAUUCAGAAAUUGGGAGAGUUCAUUGCAAUUGGUCUGGUAAAAUUAUCCAUUCCUCCGGAAAAUAUCCACCUGAUUGGUCAUAGCUUGGGUGCCCACAUCGUUGGCAUUGCUGGGCGUUAUUAUCGAAAAUUAACAGGACUGACGUUGCCUCGCAUUACAGGUCUGGAUCCGGCCCGACCAUGUUUUGUUCGACCCAGUGUUUUUCCACGUUUGCAACGCACCGAUGCCAAAUUUGUCGAUGUAAUUCAUGCAAAUCCCUUCGAUUUGGGCUUAGAAGAUCCCCUGGGACAGGUGGAUUUUUAUCCAGGCGGCCUAGAUGUUAUAAAGCCGGGAUGCACAAUGUUGGCCAUACUUUGUUCGCACGACAGGGGAAUCCACUUUUUUGUGGAAACUGUUUAUCCUCGGGGAGAGAAUAAUUUUAUUGGUCGUAGCUGUAGAAGUUACGAGGAGUUGUUUUACAAGAAUUGUUCGGGACCUGCUGCAACGAUGGGCUAUGCUGCCAGCGAUAGCGUGAAAGGUAUUAUUUAUAUCGCAGUACGAGAUAGCCCUCCAUAUGGACUCAAUGCAAAAUUAAACAUCACAUCCAAUCAAUGUUGACCCCGAAUGGUACCGAAGGUAUAGGCCAAUAUUUUUAUCAAUUUGACCAUAUAGACUACUUCCUCCACUCUAUAUGAGAUAUGUGUUAAUUUAUGGAAAAUGUGGAAAUGUGCGUUAGGUUCCAGAUAUAGAGGACCGAUGUAUUCCACUUCGUCUAAUACUAAUAAAA